AACUUCAAGCUCCGCGGCUCUCACGUCGUUGAUGUUGAUGCUCAUUCUGAUCUUCUCAUCCACUUUUCGUGACUUGAUUGUCUGAACACGCUGUCGUAUUGUAGAAAGCACGCUGCCAACUUGAUCCUAAACUAAUUCUUGAUUUACUAGGUCUAGUCAAAUUUAAGCAACAACCGAUUUAGCCUACUACUCUUGGUUCUUUCUGGGCUUAAUUGGACACCCAGAAGUAAUAUGUCAAAAAUAUUGUCAGUAUACAACGUCGUCAAUUCCCUAAGGCAUGGUUCGCUCGUCCAUAGAAGAUUUGGUAACAUGACCUGCUGGAGGUCUACCACUAGACCAUUUAGUGUAAAGACCCAGAUUGCCCACCUUGUCCUGGAGGACGGGACCCGGAUGAAGGGCUUCUCCUUUGGGCAUGGGCGCUCAGCUGCAGGGGAACUUGUCUUCAACACUGGCCUGGUGGGGUACCCCGAGGCCUUGACUGACCCUAGCUACCGAGGGCAGAUUCUGACGCUGACCUACCCCAUCGUGGGAAACUAUGGAGUUCCCAACACCCAGGAGCUGGACGAGCUGGGUCUGAGGAAGAACGUCGAGUCAGAGCGUGUCCAGGUGUCCGGUCUCCUGGUGCAAGACUACAGUCAUGAGUACAGCCACUGGAACUCGGUCAAGUCGCUGGCUCAAUGGCUGGAAGAGGAGAAGGUCCCUGCGUUAUUUGGAGUGGAUACCAGGAUGCUGACCAAGAUCAUCCGAGACAGGGGGACAGUAUUGGGCAAAAUAGAGUUUGAGGGACAACCUGUGGAGAUAACCGACCCCAACCAGAAUAACCUGAUGGCGGAGGUCUCAACAAAGGAAACUAAAAUAUAUGGGAAAGGCAACCCAAUCAAAGUGGUGGCCGUCGACUGUGGGAUCAAACACAACAUCAUCCGACUGCUGGUCAAGCGUGGCGCUGAGGUCCACCUGGUGCCCUGGGACCAAGACCUGCUGAGUCUGGAGUACGACGGCCUCUUCAUCUCCAACGGGCCUGGGGACCCCUCCCUGGCCCAACCACUCAUACGCAACGUCCGCAAGGUGCUGGAGAGCGAGCGACCCCAGCCCGUGUUUGGUAUCUGCAUGGGCAACCAGAUAACAGCUCUGGCUGCCGGGGCUCAAUCCUACAAACUGCCCAUGGGGAACAGAGGUCAGAACCAGCCGGUGCUGAACAUGAUGACCGGCCAGGCCUUCAUUACUGCACAGAACCACGGCUACGGUAUCGAUAGCCAAUCGCUGCCCCCAGGCUGGAGCCCGCUGUUCGUCAACGCCAACGACGGCACCAAUGAGGGUAUCAUGCACAACACCAAACCAGUCUUCACAGCGCAGUUCCACCCCGAAGCCAAAGGAGGCCCCACUGACACUGAGUUCCUGUUUGACACAUUCAUCUCCUUGAUAAAGAAAGGCAAGGACGCCAACAUUGUGUCCGUCAUGCCUCAGAAACCCACCGUUCCACCCAGAGCUCAGGUGUCCAAGGUGCUGGUGCUGGGCUCUGGUGGCCUGUCUAUUGGCCAGGCUGGGGAGUUUGACUAUUCCGGAUCUCAAGCUGUCAAAGCCUUGAAGGAGGAGAACCUGAGGACGGUGCUGAUGAACCCCAACAUCGCCUCCGUCCAGACCAACGAGGUGGGCACCAAGCAGGCCGACUCGGUCUACUUCCUGCCGGUCACCCCGCAGUUUGUCACCGAGGUCAUCAAGACGGAGCGGCCCGACGGCAUCCUGCUCUCCAUGGGCGGACAGACCGCCCUCAACUGCGGCGUGGAGCUCUUUCAGAGUGGCGUCCUGGAGCAGUAUGGCGUGAAGGUACUGGGCACCCCCGUGGAGUCCAUCAUGGCCACCGAGGACAGGCAGCUGUUCGCCGACAAGCUGACGGAGAUCAACGAGAAGAUCGCCCCCAGCGUCGCCGUGGAGUCUGUGGCGGCAGCGCUGCAGGCAGCGGAGCGGAUCGGCUACCCGGUCAUGCUGCGCUCGGCCUACGCCCUGGGAGGACUGGGCUCGGGGCUGUGUUCCAACAAGAGCAAGCUGGAGGAGACCGCCCGCAAGGCCCUGGCCAUGAGCAGUCAGAUCCUGGUGGAGAAGUCUCUGAUGGGCUGGAAGGAGGUGGAGUACGAGGUGGUGAGGGACGUGGCAGACAACUGUGUGACCGUCUGCAACAUGGAAAACUUUGACCCCCUGGGCAUCCACACAGGUGAUUCCAUCGUGGUGGCUCCAAGCCAGACCCUCUCCAACGAGGAGUACCACAUGCUGCGCGAGACGGCCAUCAAGGUGGUGCGCCACCUGGGCAUCGUGGGGGAGUGUAACAUCCAGUACGCCCUCCACCCGUCCUCGCUGGACUACUGCAUCAUCGAGGUCAACGCCCGGCUCUCCCGCAGCUCCGCCCUCGCCUCCAAGGCCACGGGCUACCCGCUGGCGUUCGUGGCUGCCAAGCUGGCGCUGGGCAUCCCCCUGCCGGAGAUCAAGAACGCCGUGUCGGAGAAGACCACGGCGUGCUUCGAGCCCAGCCUGGACUACAUCGUCACCAAGAUCCCCCGCUGGGACUUGGACCGCUUCCAGGGCAUGUCCCGCGAGAUCGGCAGCUCUAUGAAGAGUGUGGGAGAGGUGAUGGCGGUGGGCCGUACGUUCGAGGAGAGCAUCCAGAAGGCCCUGAGGAUGUGCCACCCCUCCGUGGACGGCUUCGUGCCCCGCCUGCCCCUGAACAAGGCCUGGGCGGGGCAGCCGGACCUGCAGCAGGAGCUGGCCGUGCCGUCCAGCACGCGCAUCUUCUCCCUGGCCAAGGCGCUUCACAGUGGGGUGGGUGUCGACCAGAUCCACCAGCUCACAGCCAUAGACAAGUGGUUCCUCCACAAGCUGCGGCGAAUCACCGACCUGGAGCAGCACUUGACCAACUUCACCGGUGACAGGCUUCAUCCACCCGGUGGUGCUGAAGACGCCUUCGCCUUCGCUAACAAGGUGGGCUACCCUUGCCUCCUGCGUCCCUCCUAUGUUCUGAGUGGCUCAGCGAUGAACGUGGUGUACGGCGAGGAGGAGAUGAAGCGCUUCCUGGAGGAGGCUACUCAGGUGUCGCAGGAACACCCCGUGGUCAUCACCAAGUUCAUCAAGGAGGUGGAGGUGGACGCCGUGGCCAGGCUGGGCAAGGUGCUGGUCCAUGCCAUAACGGAACAUGUGGAGGAUGCUGGGGUCCACUCUGGAGACGCCACGCUCAUGCUGCCCACCCAGUCCAUCAGCCAGGGGGCGCUGGAGAAGGUCAAGGCCGCCACUCGGAAGAUCGCCACGGCGUUUGAGAUUUCCGGCCCGUUUAACACGCAGUUUCUGGUGAAAGGCAACGAUGUCAUGGUGAUCGAGUGCAACCUGCGGGCCUCGCGCUCCUUCCCCUUCGUCUCCAAGACCAUCGGGGUGGACUUCAUCAACGUGGCCACCAAGGUCAUGGUGGGCGAGCCCCUGGACGAGGCCGCGCUGCCCUCCCUGGAGAACCCCAUCAUCCCUGUCGACUUCGUGGGCAUCAAGGCUCCCAUGUUCUCCUGGCCCCGCCUGCAUGAUGCCGACCCGGUCCUGCGCUGUGAGAUGGCCUCCACAGGAGAGGUGGCCUGUUUUGGACAGAACAUCUAUUCAGCCUUCCUGAAGGCUAUGCUCUCCACAGGCUUCAAGCUGCCUCAGAAGGGCAUUCUCAUUGGGAUCCAGUAUUCGUUCCGGCCCAACUUCCUGGCCACGGCACACCAGCUGAAUGAAGAAGGCUUCAAGCUGUAUGCCACAGAGGCCACCUCCGCCUGGCUCGCUGCCAACGACGUCCCAGCCACCCCCGUGGGCUGGCCCAGCCAGGAGAGCGGCGACGCCAGCCUUCCCAGCAUCAUCAGGUUGAUCAACGAGGGCCAUAUUGACCUGGUGGUGAACCUUCCCAACAACAACACCAAGUUUGUCCGGGACAACUUCCUGAUCCGCAGGAUGGCCGUGGACCACGGCGUCCCCCUGAUCACCAACUACCAGGUUGUGAAGCUGUUUGCGGAGGCCAUCAAGUACGCCAGCGAACUGGACACCAGCAGCCUGUUCCACUACCGCCAGAGAGAGCCUGCCCGCCACCAGGCCAGCAGGGAGGCCACACAGCAGGGCUAGGUCCUGGAACCUGGAUCCAUACCACCUUCACCGACUUGGGUCCAACGACUACACACACUGAGGGAAGCCAGUCGAACCACUGUGGCACAGGCUCCUCAGUGCAGUCAGCCAUAGGGUCAAAUAUAACCCUUAGGGGUCCAAACAUAUCCCCGUAGCCUUCAUAGACCAGAUCCA